AUGAGUAGAGUUCUUCCACUCAUUGCCAUGCUGCAGCAGGGUGAAGGAGAGAGUUCUUGGGGGAUGGCCAGUGAUCGUGGUAGAGCUGUACCACUCGGCCAAGCUCUUGGAUAUGGAAUCCAAGGCCAUGCUCCUCCCCCUGCUAACUUCCUGAGGGAGUUGCAACCGGCAGCCGCUGCUUACUUUGGCGAGUUGGAGGAGGCCCUUAUCCAUGGCACCUGCGCUGCCGGUAUCGAUCCUGUCAUGAUCGAAAGUGAUGCCCACACCAAGUCAGCGGCAGUAGCAGCAGCGGCAGGAUAUCUCGCGGCUAGGCCCCCCACGCUGGAGAUCUUCCCUUCUUGGCCAAUGAGUCAUCUACAGCAGCCAUACAGUGGGAACUCGCAGUCAGUAGGGAGCACUGACUCCAGCUCCGCGCAGAACACAAUGUCACAGGCCGAGUUGGUGUCCCCAGUGAGCAUGAGGACCGACUCUGGGCAGCAGCAGCAGAACCAGCAGGAGGCGUUGAUGGUGACCAUUGAUGAUUACAACUACAGUCAAGGACUUGGGGCUGCACCAGCCACUGCACCAAGCUUACAGCAACAUGCAGGAGCCCAAGAUAAGAGAAAGCAUGGAUCCACAAGAAAAGAUGGCAAGUUGGUAGAUCCCAAGACUGAAAGGCGAUUGGCGCAGAACAGAGAAGCUGCGAGGAAGAGCAGGCUGAGAAAAAAGGCUUAUGUUCAGCAGUUAGAAACAGGCCGGAUUAGGCUUCAGCAGAUCGAGCAAGAGAUUCAGAGAGGGCGCUCACAGGGUCUGCUCACGGGAGGAUGUAGCGCGCCCGGAGAGAUGAGUUCCGCCGCUGUGAUGUUCGACAUGGAGUACGCCCGAUGGUUAGACGAAGACAACAAGUACAUGGCGGAGAUUCAGGGCGCUCUGCAGGCCCAGGUCCUCGACGCGAACCUCGGCACCAUUGUCGAAGACUGCAUGCGGCACCACGACGAGCUGUUCCACCUGAGGGCCGUGCUCGCCAGGUCCGACGUCUUCCACCUCAUGACCGGCAUGUGGGCGACGCAGUCCGAGCGGUGCUUCCUCUGGAUGGCCGGCUUCCGGCCUUCUGAAAUCCUCAAGAUGCUGAUACCUCAGCUUGAUCCGUCGACGAAGCAGCAGCUGCUGGGGAUGUGCAACCUGCAGCAGUCAUCAGAGCAGGCCGAGGAGGCGCUCGAGCAGGGGCUAAAGCAGCUGCACCAGUCACUGGCCGACGCGGUGGGCGCUGGCCCUCUCAAUGACGGUGCAGAUGUUGCCAACUAUACCGGUCUCAUGGCUCUAGCUCUUGACAGGCUCAACAACCUUGAGAGCUUUUAUCGUCAGGCCGACAAUCUGAGACAGCAGACCCUGCAUCACAUGCGGCGGAUCCUCACCACCAGGCAGACGGCCCGGUGCUUCGUCUCCCUCGGAGAGUACCACCGCCGCCUCGGCGCCCUCAGCUCCAUCUGGGCUUCACGCCCUCGCGAGAACUUCAUGAUGCCAGAGAAUGUCAGCUCUACAGCAACAGAGUUCCAGUCCGUUCACCAGCAGCCUCAGCAAAACCAGUUCUCCGGCCUCUGA